UGCAACGUGUAGUGUCACAUGACUGCGGCUGACAAGUGAGAGAAGGAUACAUUCAACAUGGCGGUGUGCAUAGCAGUGAUAGCUAAAGAGAACUACCCGCUGUACAUCCGCAGCGUGGCGACUCAAAACGAGCUGAAGUUUCACUACACAGUGCACACUUCUCUGGAUGUGGUGGAGGAGAAGAUCUCCUCUGUUGGGAAAGCCCUGGGAGACCAAAGGGAACUGUACCUCGGUCUCCUCUACCCAACCGAGGACUAUAAAGUGUAUGGGUAUGUGACCAACUCCAAGGUCAAGUUUGUUAUUGUUGUGGACUCAUCGAAUACAUCUUUGCGGGACAAUGAAAUCAGAAGUAUGUUCAGGAAGUUGCACAACUCUUUUACAGAUGUUAUGUGCAACCCAUUUUAUAAUCCUGGGGAUCCCAUUCAGUCCAAAGCCUUCAACGGAGUCGUUUCUGGAAUGAUGGUUCAAACCGGCUGACUUCUCCUUCUCAGCAUUCACUGUACAUAUGGCCUUCUAUUGUGUUUAAAUGUUGUAAUGUAAAAUUGGGAUUAAACAGUUUAUAAUGACAACCUGCAUAACCUUUAA